UCCAUGUGCCUCGCCCGGGAUCGCCCCGCUCCGCUCCAGCACUCCCCGGCAGCUCAGCGGGCCGGGCAGAGCGGCGGUGCUGGGUGUAUCACGUUGCCGGCAGAGGCUGUGGAGUCUCCCUCGCUGGAGCUGCUCCAGCCCGCCUGGACACGAUCCUGUGCCGUGUGCUCUGGGGUGGCCCUGCUGGAGCAGGGAGACGAGGAUGACGUGCACAAGUGCGGGCGCUGCCAGUCGGAGUUCAGCUCCCUGGAGGAGUUCGUGCAGCACAAGCUGCAGAAGGGCUGCCAGCGCCCUCCCGACGCGCUCGCCGGGCUCCUCGGCCAAGAAGGACAAAAGGUGGUUCCUGCGGUCGAGGAGUCCAUAACUGUUGCUCACAUUGUUGUUGAAGCAUCUUCCAUAGCAGAGGAGAUCAGCAACGCCUCGGCCAUCGUAGGCAGUGGGCACAUCAAGGAGGUCAUUGUAGCAGGAGAUCAUGUGUUUGAGAACCCAAAUGGCCACGUGGACGGGGAGGUCAGUGAGGAGCAGGGCAGCCCCGAGGAGCAGGAGCAGGACAUUUCCACUGAGCUGAUCAAGGUGAAGCUGCAGGUGAACAAGGAAGGGCGAUACGUGUGUGAGCUGUGCCAGAAGACAUUUAAAACUGCCAGCAUCCUCAAAGCUCACAUGAUCACUCACAGCAGCAGGAAGGACUAUGAGUGUAAACUCUGUGGAACUUCCUUUAGGACAAAGGGGUCUCUGAUCCGACACCAUCGGCGGCACACUGAUGAAAGACCUUACAAAUGCAAGAAAUGUGGGAAAAGCUUCCGGGAAUCAGGAGCUUUGACUCGACACCUUAAAUCUCUGACACCUUGCACUGAAAAAAUUCGCUUCAACAUGACCAAAGAAAUAGUUGUCAACAAAGAUGAUCUGCCAUCAGGAUCCUGCAGCUCCAACACAGACACGGUGUCCUCGAUAGCGAGCGAAUCCAUCGAAGCCUCCCCUGUCAUCCACCUUGUGACAGAUGCAAAAGGCAACGUGCUCCAUGAAGUCCAUGUCCAGAUGCAGGAACUUCCUGUGGUGGAUGCAAAACCCCUGGAGCCAGAUCAGUCACAUCCCGAGGAGCUGCCGUGCGAGGGGGAAGUGAACAGUGAGAACCUGCUGAGGCAGGCCAUGAGGAAUUCGGGAAUUGUCAUCGAGAGAGUGGCUGUGGAGGAGGUGCAGAAGCCAGAUGAACCUGUGGCAGCUGCUCCAGAAGAGCUGGAAAACAAAGGGGUGGAAGUAGAAGAGGAGCCGUGUGGGGAGCAGUGUGUUAAACUGGAACAAGCAGAGUCUACACCUGCAGAAAGAACCAACGGGUACAAACGUUACGUUUGCUCUCACUGUAAUGAAGCCUUCAGUGAAGCUGCUGCCCUGGAAACACACAGCAAGAGUCACACAGAGUACAAACCUUUCAAGUGUGAGGAGUGUGGCAAGGAGUUCACCAAGGGCUACCUGCUGAAGAAGCACCAGGAGGUGCACGUCAACGAGCGGCGGUUCCGCUGCGGGGAGUGCGGGAAGCUCUACAAGACCAUUGCCCACGUGAAGGGGCACCGCAGGGUGCACUCGGACGAGCGGCCCUACGCCUGCCCCAAGUGUGGCAAGCGCUACAAGACAAAGAACGCCCAGCAGGUGCAUUUCCGUACCCACCUGGAGGACAAGCCCUAUGUGUGCCAGUUCUGCAGCCGGGGGUUCCGGGAGAAGGGCUCCCUGGUGCGCCACAUCCGCCACCACACCGGAGAGAAACCCUUCAAGUGCUACAAGUGCGGGCGCGGCUUUGCCGAGCACGGCACCCUCAACAGGCACCUCAAAACCAAAGGUGGCUGCCUCCUUGCUAUGAAAGAGGUGGAAGAAGUGAUAGUGUCUGAGGAAAGCCAGUCUGCUGACAACUUAGCAGCCACGGUGCUUUCAGAAGAUCCACACACGGUGCUGGUGGAGUUCUCCUCAGUGGUGGCAGACACUCAGGAAUACAUCAUCGAGACUUCUACUGAAGACAUGGAGACCAGCGAAGCUACUGAAAUAAUAGAGGGAACAAGACAUGAGGUCGACAGCCACAUCAUGAAGAUGGUGCAGCAGAUCGUGAACCAGGCCAACUCCGGCCACCAGAUCAUCGUGCAGAACGUCACCGUGGCCGAGGGCGCUGCGGCCACCGACACCGCCGACACCAUCACCAUCGCCACGCCCGAGAGCCUCACCGAGCAGGUGGCCAUGACCCUGGCCUCGGCCAUCGGCGACGGCGCCGUGCUGGCCACCGACGGCGGCCUGGCCACGCAGGAGGCCACCGUCACCAUGGUGGCGUCCGAGGACAUCGAGAUCAUGGAGCACGCGGGGGAGUUCGUGAUCGCCGCCGCGCAGGAGGGCGAGGUGGAGGUGCAGACAGUGAUCGUGUGAGGGAUGGCGCAGCUGCAGAACUGCCUGGCUCCUCCAGGCACUGGGGCUGGUCAGAGAGCAAAGGGGGGGAAUGUUCUGGAGGGAAGUGGCUUCACGGGAUGGUACAGGCCCAAAAUGGGAUAGCGCAGGCCUAAAACAGGAUAGGACAGGCCCGAGGUGUUCUCAGGCUAAAACCAAUACCAGGAACGAAACCCUUGGCCUGGCGGCACUGAGGAGACUGACAGGUCACAAGUGGCACUCAGUAUUCUGUACAGCAGCCUCGAAUUAAGGAAGAUCCUUUGGGCAUCAGUUCCCUCUGCCUACGGGACAGCAGUGGUCUGGUUUUUAAAAGGAUUCAGAAAGUGUAGCAAAGAUGUGGGGGUCUCAUGAGAGAUUAUUUAAAUAUAUGCAUUUAAAACAAGUUGAGAAAACCAAACCUAAGGAGUUGUGGUGUGUGUUGAGCACCACUGAACCACUCUCAUGCCUUUAACCUCACUCCUUCAGGCCUCCCAAGGCAUGGUACUGCAGUAUUUCUCUUUUCUUUGAUAUCCUGGACAAGUAGCCUUAUGUACUGGUCUGUGAAUGCAUUACUGUGCCCUGCAAUGCCAGCCAGGCUGCUCUGAGAGCCAGCCUGGGGGCUGGAAAGCCAUAUUGUAUAGGAAUUUGGUUUUUUUAAACCAUAUAUGAUUUUUAAUUGCAUAUUGUACAGAUUCGGCAUGUAAAUAAAUACAUUUUUAAAAAUAAAAUAAUUUAAAGUUCCUACGA